CGAACCAAUAACUAGUUAAUGUAUCAUGAGUGAAUGGAGUAAAUCUUUAAACUAAAUUCUCCUACAUUAGAAAUUGUCAAAAAUAAUUAAGUUAACGGGUAAAUAGUUGGUAUCCCAACUACAUCCAAAAAUUCAACCAAAAAAAAAAAAAUAAAAAAAAUAAAAAUAAAAAUUCACAAUAAUACUGAAAUGGUAGAAUGCUAAGAAUUCUAGAAUGCCAAGAAUCUUUCUAGUCUUCCUUUUGAUCCUUUCUCAUUUCCCAUUUUCUUCCUCCUUGCAUUCCUACUCUCUCUCCUCCAUAGAAACAGACAAUUUUAAAAUUAAGACAUAUUAAAAAUUGCAGAAAUUUGAGAAAAAAAAAAAAAAACCCCAAUUUCAUCAUCUUCUUCAUCAAAACUACUGUAAAUUUCUCACUGAAAAUCCGCCAUUUUGGGCAAUUUUAAAACUACCCUUUAUUGCCUCUCUCCUCCAAUGCUGAACAGCGUUCCAUCUUCGAGCUUACACAGUAGCAUCGGUGGACUAUUCUUGUUCUUAAGCGGCGGCAAUGGCGGCCAAAAUGGCGGCGGCGCUGCUGUAGCUGUCGCUGUUACUGCCGUUGCUGGUCUCGCUGUAUUUGCCGCCAUUGCUUACACUCGUAGUGGUCAACUUAAGUCACCAUGGUCUCGCAAGAGAAGGAAACAUCCCCUCACACCACAGCAAUGGAGAAAUUCGUUUACACCUGAUGGGAAACUUCAGGAUGGUGGAAUACAACUUUUGAAAAAAGUUCGAAGUGGAGGUAUUGAUCCCAGCAUCAGAGCAGAGGUUUGGCCUUUCCUUCUUGGCGUCUAUGAUUUGAAUAGCUCAAAAGAAGAAAGAGAUCUGGUUAGAAAUACAAACAGAAAGGAGUAUGAGAAACUCAGAAGACGGAGUAGACGACUACUAAAACAAACUGAUGAGAAUUUACUGAAUAGCAAUGGGAGUUGUUUGAGCUCCAAUUCAGAGCCCAGUUCACCUGCCUCAGAAGAUGUUGUUAGUGCUCGCGAGUCCCUCUCCAGUGAGAAGGGAAGUUCUGAUCUUGAGUUUUCAGAAAAUCAUUCCAGUUCAGUAUUGGAUAGGACUAAUAGCUUCAAACGGGUCACAAGUUCUAGUCCUUCUGUAAUCUGCAGUGAUUCAUCUGACGUGGAGUCAUCUGUAGAUGAGCAAUUUGAUGAAGUUUCUUCUCCAUUUGACCAAGAAAAUGAUGCUGAUGCAGUUUCAAAGGGUGAUCUUUCCCCUUCUAAGACAAAUCCACAGUCUAGUGUCUGCCGCACUGAAGAUUUUGCUAGUUGGCAGCGCAUAAUUCGUCUUGAUGCUGUGCGGGCCAAUGCAGAGUGGAAGGACUAUUCUCCUUCUCAGGCUGCAGUAUCAGAAGACCGAGCACGUCGUUCUGCUGAAGCUGUAGGGCUUAAAGAUUAUGACCACCUUGAGUCAUGCAGAAUUUACCAUGCUGCUCGGUUGGUAGCAAUACUUGAAGCCUAUGCUAUCUAUGACUCAGAUAUUGGCUACUGUCAAGGUAUGAGUGAUCUUCUUUCCCCAAUAAUCUCAGUAAUAGAGGAGGACCAUAUGGCAUUUUGGUGCUUUGUGGGUUUUAUGAAGAAGGCUCGGCAUAACUUUAGGCUUGAUGAGGUGGGAAUUCGUCGGCAACUUAAUAUUGUGGCCAAAAUUAUAAAACACAAGGACUCUCAUCUAUAUAAACACUUGGUAAAGCUCCAGGCAGAGGAUUGUUUCUUUGUGUACAGGAUGGUGGUUGUCUUGUUUAGGAGGGAGCUGAAUUUUGAGCAGACACUUUGCCUGUGGGAAGUGAUGUGGGCUGAUCAGGCUGCACUAAGGGCUGGGGUUGGCAAGUCUGCAUGGAGCAGAAUAAGACAACGGGCUCCACCGACUGAGGACCUGCUGUUGUAUGCUAUUGCUGCUUCUGUGUUGCAGAGGAGAAAACAAAUUGUAGAGAAGUACAGUAGCAUGGAUGAGAUAUUGCGGGAGUGUAAUAACAUGGCCGGACACCUUGAUAUCUGGAAACUCUUAGAUGGUGCACAUGAUCUGGUAAUGACUCUUCAUGAUAAAAUUGGUUCAACAUUUUAAGUGAUGGUUGCUUCAUAUCGGUCUUUCUUCCAAUUUGGGCCUAAUCUGUUGUUGUAGCACAUAGUACAGGGGGCCGUGAUUGAAAAUGUAUGAGCCUAAGGUGAAUUUCUGUGUAAUUCGGGUCUUUGAUUUCCCCUAUAUUUCGAGGUGGAGAAAAAUAAAUUGUUGAAAUUUUCUAAUUGAGAAAUUUUGCAAUUUAACUUACGGCUCUGUUUGGUUUGAAGGAAAACAUAUUCAAAGGAAAAAUGAUUAUCCGUGGAAAACAUUCAGGUCGGAUAGAAUUGCUAUUGGUUUUUCUUCAUGUAGGACGGAUUAAGGGAUUGUACGAGUGAAAGAGGAAAUUUGAAAAAGGUAGGAAAUUGGGGCUUUUCUUGUAAAGGUAAAAUAUCUUCAAGGACAUGUUUGGAUUGAAGGUGAGAACCAGGUGUAGCUUCUAAUAAUUGCCCAUUAUAAGGUUAUUAACUCUAUCGUUCUUAUCUCUUUUAUACUAAAACUAGUACACUACCUUUACCUUA